GCCGAGCGCUGCGGGGCCCGGAACGGUGGCGGCGGCGGGGCUCGUUCCCAGCCGGGGCCGGCGGAGGAGCAGCGCCGGGCCCUGAGCGUCGGGAGCCUUGGAAACGGGCGGAAACCGUCAGGGAGCGGCGGCGAGAGGAUGCUGAGCCCCGAGCGGCUCUCGCUGCCGGGGCCCGAGUACCUGGCUCAAAGACAUGUCCUCACGUACAUGGAGGAUGCAGUGAGCCAGCUGUUGGAGAACAGAGAAGAUAUUAGUCAGUAUGGCAUUGCCAGGUUCUUCACUGAAUAUUUUAACAGUGUGCGUCAAGGAACACACAUUUUGUUCCGUGAGUUCAGCUUUGUCCAAGCUACCCCUCAUAACAGAGCAUCUUUUCUUCGGACCUUCUGGAGAUGUUUCCGAACAGUGGGGAAAAACGGAGAUUUGCUGACAGCACAGGAAUACCACUGCCUGCUGCAGCUGCUCUGCCCUGACUUCCCAAUGGAACUCACCCAGAAAGCAGCAAGGAUUGUGCUGAUGGAUGAUGCUAUGGAUUGCCUGAUGUCUUUUUCUGAUUUCCUCUUUGCUUUCCAGAUCCAAUUCUACUACUCAGAGUUCCUGGAAAGUGUUGCUGCCAUUUAUCAAGAUCUAUUGGCUGGUAAGAAUCCAAAUACUGUGAUCGUGCCAACAUCAUCCUCUGGGCAACAUCGGCAGCGACAACCCCCAAAUGACUGCAACCCACUCGAUGGGGUAGAAGCGUCUCUCUUCUACCAGUGCCUAGAGUCCUUGUGUGACAGAUCAAAAUACAGCUGUCCACCUUGUGCUCUUGUGAAGGAAAUGCUGAGUACUGCACAGAGACUGACCUUCUAUGGAUUCCUUUUGGCGCUUGCAAAGGACCAAGGGAUCAACAGAGCCCUAGGGGCUUUGCCAGAUAAAGGAGAUUUGUUUCUUGACCCUGCCAUGGAUCAGGAACUUGAGAAAUUGAUAGCUCAGGUUUCAGGGCUUGCCAUCUCUGCUCCUACCAGCUCCAGCGGGGACACUGCUAAUUUGCCUGUCCGUCACUCACCCAGGAUUAACUCUCCCUGGAAACCUCUCCACCAUCGCCGAAAAAUGGAUGCUGAGAGUGAAGGCUCCAACGAAGAGACAGACUCCUCUGAAAACUGAAGGACUUUCCAUAUAAUUUGAGAAGACGAUGAUAAUCCCAGUGAAAUCACUUGGAACGGCCAGGAUAUGGUAGAAGUCCCCGAACAUGACUAGAACCUGUCUGAAGGUGCUGCAGUGCAACCUCACCUGGAGGGAGUUCAUCACCCCGUUGGCUAGGACAGCCAUCUUGCCAGCAACUGACUUCACUCCUUGCUUGAACUGUGCGAUAUCGGCUGCAGGCAGGACAUUUCCAAUCGACACGCCACCUACAAGAACCAGGAGGAGUAAGGCUGGAGUUCUCCAGCUCCAGAGAACACCCUGACCCCCUCUUGUUGAGGUCCUCCAAAGCUGCACUCCCUUCCUCAACCCACUGAGUGCUAACAAACCUGAGUGCGCAUUCUCAGCCUCUCCGAACAGGUCUGCAGAACUGAUAGCACUUGCUGCCUGAGAGCUGCUGCAGUCGGGAUCUGGCUUCGUACUGCAGAAGAAAGGAAAACAAAAAAGGUAAAGGAACGGAACAAAGAACAACCUGAGCAAACAGGAGAUGAAGUCAGAGCACUGCAAAGUGCAUUUACCUCAGCAUCUGCUUCCCGCCCAAAGAACAUAUCUGAAGAGAUAGCUUUAGCUCCUGCGAACUUCUGCCGAGCUUCAUUUGAUUCCACAACUGAUGUCCUGUGCUCUGUAUCUCUUCUACUGGUGGGCCUGAGGAAGCAAGAGAGGAGACAGCUCAGCUUAAGCUCAGCAACACAGUAGAGAAAGACAUGUCUCAUAUCCCAUCUGAUGGAAGGAGAGGAACAAACCCCAAGGGCUAGCUGCUACCAGAGUUCUCUCCUCCCCUCACCCCAGGGCAGACCCCAUUUGAUGACCAUAAGGGCUGUGACACAAUAGGAAAAGAAGUGCCCAAAGGAUCUCUCACCAAAGGCCCCUUUUCUCAGGAUUACCCAUGUAAGUGAUCUUCUGCAGCCUAAGGCUCAGCUCCUGUCACAGCACAGUAGCAUCUCCCCCACAACUCCUAGACCCAUCCCUUUGUCCCGUACAAGGGCAGUACAGUAGCAGGUGCUUUACCUCUCUGAAAUUGGCCGAAUACUGGAAAUUGUCACCUCUGGUUCCUCCUCUUUGUCAACACCCCACGAAGAGUCUGUUUCCCAUCGUGAGCCAAAGGCAUCUUCAAAUGAGAAGGGACUAUAUUUGUACCUAGGUAUCAAAAAUAGGUAGUUUAAGCCAGAUAAUAAAUUUAGAAACAAGCCAAACAUUACACUGAAGCUUAGUCUUACUUGGGGGGUCCAGAUGUGAAGCUUCCAGCAUCAUCAAACAGGUCCAAUUGGGAGCGGGAAGAUUUCACGGCCAGUGGCGUCUCCUGCUCAAUGACUUGCAUCUCAGACAUCACCGAGUGUGAAACAGAGCUAGCACAACAAAUAGGUGGUCAGGGCUGACAGCUGUGACACCAUCCAGCGCCUACAAACAGUCUCCCUCAAAACUGAAUCUGGCCUUCAGAGACAGGGCAGGUGCCACAGAGCUGGAGGAAGUUGUGGGGAGCCAACCCCCUUUACCACACAUCAGGCUUGAAUCCCUCAAAGUCUUGAGUUAUCUUCUUAAGGGACGUAGGGUGAUGCCUGCCUACAUGCAGACAUCUGUGGAGUUGUAAGGCUCCAGAGAUAGGCACUGACAGGCCCCAAGCAACUUUGGAAAAGCUCACAUGAGAACUGGAACCUUUGAACAGUGUCCAUUCCUUCUGUGGUGUGAAGCAUUUUUAGACACAGUCCAGCAUGCAAGAAGAUUAAAUCCCUUCCUUUUGUUAGAGCAGCAGCAAGCUACUGCCUUUGGGAAACUGUUUUAGAGCAGUGUGGUUCCAGAGCACCUCUACCCCACGCCAUCCCCAGCCAAGUACCUUCUUGACACCAAGCCCAUGCCUAGCCUCUCAGCUUGUUCACGCUUCUUCCCUUCGAGGUUCUGAAGUUUCUUCUCUUCCUUCUUCCGAUCGAGCUGCAGUUCCUGAUAAGCCAGUCGCAUCGAGGUGACUCUAAAGGAAAGAGCUGCAGUGGGUACCAACUCAUUACCUUUCUGCCCUAGCCCAGCCCAUGCUGUGGAGGGACAAGGGGAAAUGCAACCCUGACAACCCCUCAAUACACCCGCUUCCACAGCAGCACAGCCAAAAAUCCCUUCAUAGCAGCUUGUCUCCCCACCUCAUCUCCACUGGGAUGCAACUCUUUUCUAGCUAAACGUGAUUUUCUCAGUGUAGGCACUGCCUCUGUACCCCCUGGGACAGAUACACAAGAACACCCACCCAGUUCAGCCUUUGCUUUUAUCAGUCCUGGCCAGAGGUGCACAGAAAAAUAAAAUCCAUAUCUGCUCCUUAAAAUCUUCCAGAGGUACUAAUUUGAAUAAAAUACAGCAAUAUAGCUUGUGCCCUGCUCUAAGGACUGGUUGUGGAUGUUCUGUACUCAUAUCAGGCAGUCCUAGAACAGCAUCAACCACGUGUUACUUCUACCUUAUGUACACAAGGCGUACGGCCCAGACAGGGCACUUACAUGGACUCCUCAGCUUGUUUCCUGGACUCCGCUGCCUGCUGCUCCUUCAGCUGCUCUGCCACCUGGGCUUGCCGCUCAAUCUCACUGAAGCUCUGGCUGCUCACUUUCUGGGCUCCAAGACCUUUUUUUGCACCCAGCUGAGAAAGAAAGGAAAAAAAAAAA